GCCGCGCAGGGCGCGGGGCGCGGCGGCCAUGGCGGCUGCGGUGCCGGCGGGUCGCGGGGCUCGGGGUGUGGGACCCGGGGAUGCGCGCGGCCCUCUGCAUCCUGGCGGUGCCCCCGCAGCUCCUGAGCCUCUGUCCCCUGCGGGCGGCGCGGGCGACGAGGCGCCGGAUGAGGACGAGGAGGAGGCGGAGACCGAGGACCCCGAGCGGCCAGCAGUCUUGGGCGGCGGACGCGGCGGCGGCAGUGGAGGAGGCGGUGGCGGCGGCGGAAGUGGCGGUGGCGCGGUCGGUGGGGCCGCGAUCGGGAUCUGCGGCGCGCUCACCCGGCGUGCGGUCACGCUGCGAGUGCUGCUCAAGGACGCGCUGCUGGAGCCGGGCGCCGGGGUGCUCUCCAUCUACUACCUGGGGAAGAAGUUCAUUGGAGACCUGCAGCCUGAUGGGAGGAUUGUGUGGCAAGAAACCGGGCAGGUGUUCAACUCCCCCAGUGCCUGGGCCACCCACUGCAAGAAGCUGGUCAACCCAGCCAAGAAGUCUGGCUGUGGCUGGGCCUCGGUCAAGUACAAGGGCCAGAAACUGGACAAGUAUAAGGCUGCCUGGCUGCGGCGACACCAGCUCCACAUCCCCGUUACUGUUGCCGACGAGAGCCCAGCCAGCGAAGCGGAAGAGGAGGAGCUGCUGAUGGAGGAAGAGGAGGAGGAGGCUCUGGUGGGGGUCUCAACGGAGGACAAGAGUCGGAAACCCCCUGGGAAGGGUCCCACGGAGACUGCCCACCCCGAGGCCACGCCUCCAGGGAAACGCAUAGAAAGUAAGAUCCGAGUGCCAGUCCGCUACUGCAUGCUGGGCAGUCGAGACUCUGCCAGGAGCCCCCACACCCUGGUGGAAGUCACAUCCUUCUCAGCCAUCAACAAGUUCCAGCCAUUCAACGUGGCUGUUUCCAGCAAUGUGCUGUUCCUGCUGGACUUCCACAGCCACCUGACACGGAGCGAGGUCGUGGGUUACCUGGGGGGCCGCUGGGACAUCAACAGUCAGAUGCUCACAGUGCUGAGGGCCUUCCCCUGUCGGAGCCGGCUUGGGGAUGCUGAGGCUGCAGCUGCCACAGAGGAGGAGAUCUACCAGAGCCUGUUCCUGCGGGGCCUGUCCCUGGUGGGCUGGUACCACAGCCACCCACACAGCCCAGCGCUGCCCUCGCUGCAGGACAUCGACGCGCAGAUGGACUACCAGCUGCGGCUGCAGGGCGCCAGCAACGGCUUCCAGCCCUGCCUUGCCCUACUCUGCUCUCCCUACUACACCGGCAACCCAGGCCCUGAAUCCAAGAUUGCGCCAUUCUGGGUCAUGCCGCCUCCAGAGCAAAGGCCCAGUGACUACGGCAUCCCCAUGGAUGUGGAGAUGGCCUAUGUGCAGGACAGCUUCCUGACCAACGACCUCCUCCACGAGAUGAUGCUGCUUGUGGACUUCUACAAGGGCGCCCCCGAUCUCGUGAGGUUCCAGGAGGCCUGGAGCUCGGAGCACAGCUACCUCGACAAGCUCAAGCCCUGCUCCCUGCAGAUCUCCUUGGCCAGCAGGACGCCCAAGGACCAGGGGCUGAGCCACGUGCUGGAGCAGGUGUACAGCGUCCUCAAGCAGGCGGGCUGAGCUCCCUGCACCCUCUUCCCACCUCAUCCGCCAGGUGGCUCUGGUGACAGUGGCUGCAUCUGUUACUGUCACCACCCUGCAUGACCCAGAGGCUCUGACAAUAAAGAAUCCAGAGCAGA